UGAACGCUAUGUAAAGUCUCACAUGUACAACAAACUCCGUAGUAAUAGAAAGGAAAAAGCCAUUUACUGUGAUAAUGUACCUCGCUUUUAACUCGUGUAUGGGGUACAGCUACCGGAUGGUCAACUAAAGCACUACGGAUUACAGCUAUAGGGUGUUCGUUCCACAAGAAGUUUGGCACCUGUGACAAUGGCACCGUACAGGUGGGAAACAGCGUUCGUCCAUGUACUUAUCAUGAUUGGAUUGACAAGGGGAUGCAGAACAGACCGAGACGGCCGUGGUAUAUUCGACCCCAAAAAUAUACCUGAAAAGGACAUGACGGAGGAACAGCGGUUGUUAUAUCGGAUAAUGAAAUCGUACGAUCGGUCAUCUCGUCCAGUCUUCUCCGCCAAAACUCCAGUGGUCAUCCGUCUGGGUAUUACCCUAACUCAGGUGCUUGACGUGGAUGAGAAGAAUCAAAUAUUGACAACGAAUGUCUGGCUGGACCAGGAAUGGGUGGACGAGAAGCUACAAUGGACAAAUAUUUCAGAAUUUGCUCAUAUAAAGAUAUUUAGAAUUCCCUGCGACCUGAUAUGGCUACCAGAUAUUGUGUUAUAUAACAGCGUCGACAACCAUAACAAAGGAUAUAUGAAAAGCCUGGCUAUGGUCGAACAAACCGGAAACGUGUUUUGGCCACCUAUUGUUCGCAUGCGUAGUUCAUGCAAAAUGGAUAUCACUUAUUUUCCUUUUGACGAUCAAGUGUGUAUACUAAAAAUGGGAUCCUGGGCAUACGACGGAUUUCAAGUGGACGUCACAAAUAGAACCAUGGAGGUCGAUACUUCAAAUUAUGUAGAUAAUGGGGAAUGGACACUCAUUGAUACAAAAGUAGUCCGCAAUGUAAAAUAUUACCCAUGCUGCCCCGAGCCAUUUCCGGAUGUAACAUUUUAUAUUCAUUUGAGACGUCGAGUGUUAUACUAUGCCUUUAACGUCAUCAUCCCGUGUAUGUUGUUGUCAAGCCUCACUCUGACAGGAUUUCUACUUCCGCCGGACUCGGGGGAAAAGGUGACUUUGGGAUUAACGGUGCUGCUGGCCUUCUCCGUCUUCAUGUUACUAAUUGCUGAGAAUAUGCCUCCGACGUCGGAAUACAUACCCCUCAUUGGUAUAUAUCUUACAGUGAUCAUGGCUAUGAGUGGUCUUUCUGUUGUGUUUUCCGUGUUUGUUCUAAAUAUCCACCACAAGGGAGCCUUGUCCAGGGGACCGCCCAGGAUUCUGAAAGGAGUAGUCCUCAUUUUAGCCAAGGUUCUGUGUUUGAAGGUUAAGUUCAACGAGGACAGUUCGUACACACCUCACACGGGAAGUUACUCGUCGAAUUCCGCCUAUGCGGCCUUCAAGGCGAGAGACAACGAGUCACUUAUACUGAACAGUAAGCACGAGAAGAUCCACGGGGACCUUGGUGACGUCAGUGAUGAUACGCUCAAUGACGUCAUGAAUCAAAAUAUUAACAUGUCGUCACCAACGUCAACUAGAACUAGUUUUGAUCGAGAAGUUGUAACCUAUUUUAAACACGUAAUGUCAGCUUACGAACAGACGGUAACAGAACGUCGAACGAUACACGACUGGCAGGAGGUUGCCAGGGUGAUGGAUAAGUUUUUCUUUUGGCUGUUUCUUAGCAUCACGUUCAUUUCAUCCUUUAUCAUCCUGGUCAUCAGCCCUAUGACAAAAAAGAUAACUUUAGAUAAGAGUUAAGGCUAAGUUAAGUAUGGAUGUGUUUGUUUGUAUGAAGAAGCCAGGAUGUACAUUAUUGUUUGUUUUCGGAUAUUGAUAUUUCAAUUGAUCGGCUUGUCAUUUCUUUUUUCAGUCACAUCAAACUCCGCCCAAUGAAUGUGCUAUCAUAAUCACUUUACUAAACUUGCCUAGUAAGCAGUUUGUGGUAAAUUAUAGUUAUUUUGUUUAUUUGUAGUAUAUCAUAUUAUAUAUCUAAUGUCCGGCACAUUCAUUGCAUUGUAAUUUGGUCGGAUCAAACCGGAAACAAUCAAAUUGCAACUCAAGUUAAAUAUAGACGUAGUCAAAACGUUUUCAUGACUUCAGUUACCACAAUACGACGAUUCGUUUUAUACCAUAGAAUAGUAAAAACGUUUUGAUGACUUCAAUACUUACAGACACAUGA